UGCUGGCCAGGCUGGCGAGGCGAGGCGAGGGCUGGGCAGUGGGUGUCGCGUUCUACCUCUGCGAUCGGGGAGGGGUUAGUUUCCCACAGGGGAUUUCAACCAUCACACUCAGAGCCCGCCUCCUAAUCCUCCGGCGGAGCGGCUCGGGGCCCCAUUUUAUGGCAAUAAAGCGACUUAGCGCCUGCUGAGCGAGCCCCUCCCCGCCGCCGCCCCCGCCCUCGGCCCCACCCCGGGGCUCGCCCGCAGCGGCGGGGCUUUGUUUCUGGGGAGGAGGGCUCGGAGCUCUUUUGUUUGGGGGUUUGCUGUUUUCACCCCCCCUCCACGCCCCACACACACCCCAACCUCACCCCACCCCGCCCCACCCCCGGCGCCUCUCCGAUUUCCUGAGCUGCCGGCUGCAAAGGGAGGAGAACCGGCUUCUUGCAACCCCCUCGGCUGGGCCCCGGGGUAAUUCGAUGCGGGCCUGGCGAGGCUCCCCACGUUAGACCCGGGCUCGCGUCUCGGCAGCCUCCACCCACAGGCCCACCCUACAUUUAGCGCAUCAUGUGAUCCGGGAUCAAUGUGACUCUGGGAAACAAAUGGAUGACUGAAUAUCCAUAUGAAGAGGAAAACCAUAAAGAAUCUCAACACUCUUGAGAACAGAAUGCUAAUGCUUGAUGGGAUGCCGGCAGUCAGAGUCAAAACAGAGCUUUUGGAAUCUGAACAAGGGUCCCCAAAAGCCCAAAACUACCCCGAUAUGGAAGCUGUUCCCCUCUUGCUAAAUAAUGUGAAAGGGGAGCCUCCGGAGGACUCACUGCCUGUAGACCACUUCCAGACACAAACUGAGCCAGUGGACUUGUCCAUCAACAAAGCCAGGACCUCCCCUACCGCAGUUUCCACCUCGCCCGUCUCCAUGACAGCGUCUGCCUCCUCACCCUCGUCAACUUCCACCUCCUCGUCUUCUUCCAGUCGUCCAGCCUCCUCCCCCACCGUCAUUACAUCAGUAUCGUCAGCACCCUCCUCGUCAACAGUGUUAUCUCCAGGACCCCUUGUUGCCUCUGCAUCCGGCGUGGGCGGCCAGCAGUUUUUGCACAUCAUCCACCCUGUCCCACCUUCCAGCCCCAUGAACUUGCAGUCUAACAAACUCAGUCAUGUUCAUCGAAUCCCUGUGGUGGUUCAGUCAGUGCCGGUUGUCUACACAGCUGUACGCUCACCCGGAAAUGUGAACAACACAAUUGUUGUGCCGCUCCUGGAGGACGGGAGAAGCCAUGGCAAAGCACAAAUGGACCCCCGAGGCCUAUCUCCCAGACAAAGUAAAAGUGACAGUGAUGAUGAUGACCUGCCAAAUGUGACCUUAGAUAGCGUUAAUGAAACUGGAUCCACGGCCCUUUCCAUAGCCAGAGCAGUACAAGAGGUACAUCCGUCCCCAGUAUCCAGGGUCCGGGGAAAUCGAAUGAAUAACCAGAAGUUUGCUUGUUCAAUCUCACCAUUUAGCAUUGAGAGCACAAGACGCCAGAGACGAUCAGAAUCCCCGGACUCCAGGAAGAGGCGCAUCCACAGAUGUGACUUCGAAGGGUGCAACAAAGUCUACACAAAAAGUUCUCACCUGAAGGCACAUCGGAGAACACACACAGGAGAGAAGCCGUACAAAUGCACGUGGGAAGGCUGCACCUGGAAGUUUGCCCGUUCGGAUGAACUGACCAGGCAUUACCGCAAACACACGGGAGUGAAGCCAUUCAAGUGCGCGGACUGUGACCGCAGCUUCUCCAGGUCAGACCACCUGGCGCUGCACCGCAGGAGGCACAUGCUGGUGUGAGGACGGCUCCGGUCCAGCCGCGAGUGAGAGCUGGGUCUCUUGAGGAGCUACUAACUCAGCAGGGCUGAGCUCCCUCUACAGUGUUAGCGUCAAGGGCACCGCCAUUCCCACGGUGCCUGAAACCAGAGCAGGAACAAGAAGGAACCAACCCUUCUCCCUUCGGCCUGAAGGUAACCCCCCACCAUGACCACGCGCGUCAGAGAGCCCUCUGCGGUCACGCUGGCCUGGGAGUCCAGCGCCUCGGGUCCUGAAGAGACAGGCAUUGUUUUCCAUGCUAUGUCCUCUGCCAUUGAAAAGAUGUUUGUAGCUUGUACAUUUUCCGAGCUGGCAGACACUCUGCUAUCAGCCCCUUAAAGGUCUUCUACCACAGAUUGAUGGUUAGAGAAGGCCUUCUCAGUUUGGAGGAUUCUUCCAGGCCCCCACCCCCACCCCCACCCCCGAAACCCCUUUGACAGAAAUUUCAGUUCCUAUCUCAGUAAGCUAGACCACACAUCCAGCCUGUUACCAGCAAGCACCAUGAACUAGAAAGGGAGGGGCCGCUGGAGAUGCUCCACCACCCCAAAAGAAAGGCGCACGGAAGUAGCCCUCUGUGCUAGCGAUGGCAGACCUAGAUUGUGCUCACGCUUGUCCUCACGCCAUCCCCUGAAGAGAACCAACAUGGAGUCUUCAUUUGUUUGUCGUUGCUUGUUUUUGUUCCGUUUCGAUGAUGUUUUGUUCAUCCGUUCCAGCAGAGGGGCAGAGCAGUUUCUCAAAGGCCAGUCCUGCUCUUCCCUGGCGUGGACUGGCACAGGUGUUCUGUAGUUGAAUAGGAAGAGCCUGUCUAAAAAUAAUAAUAAUAAUAACUACUGCCCCACUCCAAAUUGCAGUGUUCUGUCACCUAGGCAUCAUUUCUUCCUGCCCUUAGUGUUUGAUUACAAGGAAUCAAGGGGGGGGGGGGGCUUUCUUAGACACACUGGCACCAAGGGAAGAGGCGGGGCUGCCCAGGCAAAGUCAGUGAACAUGAAAAUGAGACAAAGCAGAGAUGAGGAGAAAAGCAAUAAUGAAUAGAAGGACUUUCCUACAAUAACGCCACUGAGGACUCACAUUACCAGUUUUCAUACUUCCUAAAGGGAUUGUAAGAAACACCCCGGCAUUUCAGGUGUCUUAGUUACAUCCACGGCACUGAGGUAACCUUGCCGCUGUUUGUUGUCCUACUUGCUUGAGUACCACAAUUAAAGACUAUGCUCCCCUCUCCUUGUUCAAAAACAGUUAUUUGGUGACUAGAGAGGCAAGGGAGGCAGGGCUGAGGAUUUGCCCUUUGGCCAGUGGGUCUGUUUUGCUUGGGCAUGAGUGUCCCCAUGGAAAGCCUGCCCUGGUGCUACUUCUCCAGCGCGGAGAGGCAGAAUCUGACUCUCCCGUGGAUUCUUCUCUACACAUUUCACAUUUUAAACUCCCAGAAUCCUCAUGCUCCCACACUGGCAUCUGCAGGGACAGACCACCUGCUUAUCCUGGGAGAAGGAUGAGAGCAAAGCCAGGUUCCACUCCUUCUCUCAAAUGAUGAGCCUUUUUGUAUCUAGCAAAAUAUACAGGAAAAGCAAUACAUCCCCAACAAGCACUCUGUCCAAAAUAGUAUCAUAUUUUUUUGUCCCCACUAAAAGCUGCUAUUUUCCCAGCUUUAUGUGGCAAUUGGGUUUGGUGAGAUUUUUGUUGUUAAGACUUUUGAAUAGCUUAAAUAUAAGAGGUCUCCAGUGAAGACUUUGCAAUAUAUUUCAGUGUCACGCUUGAUUUGGGGAAUUGCACAAAUCAAUUUCAUCAUAUUCGUAGCUCAUUUUUAAAUGUCUGGACAUUCUAAAAAUGAGCUCUAGUGACAGAGUUAUCCUUUAUAGUAUUAGCUUCUAAUUUGGAUAAUUGUUUUCUGACAAUGCAAGCACUAUUACCACUACAAGAAGAACCAUUUCUGUCGGACAGCUUCUAUGGGAAUUCUAAGAAAUGUCCAAGCAAAAGUAUCAUGAUUUACAGGUAAAUUCCCAGCUUCAAAACUAUGCGCUCUAUAUUUUCUGCCAGGUCUGAAAGAGUUAUCAGGCAACUUCCCUCUAACAAGGGCUGUAGUUCUAUUGAUAAAUGACUUGAGCUAUAAAGGUUGGUACCCACCAGCCAGUAGGUUUCCUUUUUUUUUUUUUUUAACCAAUUGAAACAUUUUUUUAAUCUGUAAUAUAUGCACUUCCUACUCCUCAUUGCCUAUUAUCAUUCAGAAUAAACACAGGUUUCCUGAUGCAUGCCAGCGUUAGUAACUGACCAGGGCAAAGGACACAAACCACAGCUAACAACCACGGUCUCCCCAGGCGCUGGCCCCAGAGCCUCAUUGGCAGGUAGUAAGGGAAGUAUAGUUUUGGCUUAGUUCUGGCCACUCUCAUAAGAGCCAAUCCUUUACCCACUAAGAGACAUCUGGCAAGUUUUACAGGUAGAAUUCAUUGAGCUGUCAGGCAGGGGAAGCUUCCUGAGUGACAUCUUGAUUUAAAUUUAGCACAGAGCUAAAUGAAUUGCACCUCUCUAGCAGAAUAGGGAAGACUUGGGGAAGGGAGCUUUCCCCCUCGCUCCCAAUAAGUGGGAAGCAGAUUGAGAUGGUAAGGAAGCCGAUAAAACCUGCCAUCACUACAGCAUUCCCCAACUUUUGACACAGUGAUAUUUUUAGAAGAGAUGCAAGCACAAGUGCACAAACACAUCCUAAUCUGCUUCAAGAACUGAAACUUAUUUGGAGCUUCUCUGGGGAAUGUAAGCAAUCCUCCUUGGUGAGUUUCCUCCAUGUUUCCUGUAUAAAAGAAAGUGGUUUGGGACUGAGGGAAUGGUAUGUCCUUAUGCACAGAAGAGCCUCCACCCAUUUCAUAUGUGUGUCCAGCUUCUUGAAAAGCACAGUAUAUGAUAAACUAUCAAAAAAGGGAAAGAAUCCUAACAGGCUUCGCAGUUUGCUAAGCAGAGCGUGCUUUCGGUUCCGAGUUGAAGUGGUUCAGCUUGCAGCCACAGUGUGUGUGCUUGGGAAUGCCUCAAGUACACAGUGGGGAGAACUGAAGCCUGAUGAGGGAGUUCGGCUAUUUGAGGGUUUUCAGAGAAUCCCUUAAUAUUCCAAUCUGAAGUUGUUUCGAGAGAAACUCCCCAUUCUGCUCCAGCCUCCUGCUGUCAACUGCUUUGAACACUGCUUGAUUUUAAGUUCUUUUAUGGCAUCUAGAAAGAGCUUCCUGAGGGCUAUACCAUGGAGAUUAUACAAUUAUCUUUACAUAACGCAUAGGGCGUUUGUUUUCAAAAGUUGAGCGUUGGUUCCAUGAGUAAAAUAAUGAGCACCUUUAAAUACCACUUCAAAGUUUAAAAGGGAAAUAAGAAGAUGAGGUAGGGGAGAGGGCUUUCAAGAUGCUUCAGUGUUUACAAGUGAUGGUUCUAGGUAAUUAGAAAAGCCAUGUUCAUCAUGGUUGAAAUUUGGAACAGCUCAUGCAAUGACUGUGUUCAUUUUUAUACAACUUAUUUAACUUCAGAUUGCCAUUUGUGUCUGAAAUGGAAAUGUCAGUCUGUACUUUGAGAUGAGCUCAUUAGAAUGAUAACAUGUAUACGGGAAAAGAUGCAGUAUUCCUAAGUCUGUGCUUUGUUUAUUAUAUGUACCAAAGCUGCAAUUGAAUAAAUCUGGUGAGAGGCGAGGCCUUCGGUUGUAUUGAUAUUGCUUUGUUUUGUUAUUAGGACUGCCUAGAAGUGUAGCUAAGAUGUAGUUCCAGGGUUGUCUUACUGCUUUUAUAGUGAGGAUUCAUAGACUUGAAGCCGUGUUAAUACCAGCACCCACGCAGUCUGCAUAGAAAGGCUCAAAUGUGAACUAAUGCUGAUGAACCACACAGGCCCAGGAAGCCUUAAUAGUCACAGUUCAGAACCCGCUCUCAGACCUCGCCCCUUCCCAUUGCCUGUAAGUUUAUCACGGAAACGUACGCCGUCGGCCAAAUCUCUCCCUUUACUUUUCCCUCCACACCCACAGGGUUGUGGGUCCCGUCGAAGUGUUUUCAACUUGACCUGGUUGAGUUGAGGAGAAAGAUUUGGCCAGUCAUGUCUUCCAUGUUACAUGUCCACUUAUUCCCACACUGCCUUUCACUCACCUGGACAAACACCCCCAACACAUGCACCCGAGUGCACAUGCCUUGUAUAUGCAGCAGCCAACAGGCUAGGAAAUACCAACACAGAACUUUUUUAAAGAAGUAAUUUGUAAUGAUCCAUCCUGUGUAGAAAUGUAAGUUAUUACCUGACUAGAAAAUCAGCUUAUAAUACUAUGUAACUUUGCCUGCAUUUUAUAGUUAAGAAAUGUAUAUAAAAAUUUAAAAUGCUAUAUUUUCACAAUUUCAUUAUAGAGUAAUGUCUGUCUAGCAGCCCAUGCCCAUUGGUAUUUUAAAUAUGCUAAAUACUGAGCAAUUGCAAUAGAAAUUCAGAUUUUCAUAAGAAAAUUAAAAUAGAAGGGUACUGCAUCUUUAAAUAUAGAGUGAAGCUAUUUUACUGUAUUCGUAACAUAUGUGAUAGUGGAAAAACUAUUUUCAAACACGCAAAUUUUACAGAGGUUGUAAAUAGUUUGAUGACGUAUGUUGGGGGAAUCUUCUAGUUUUCAUCACAAUAAAAAAAAAAACACUUGUUCAGAUAUGCCUUGUGUAUGGAUGAUACACAUAAUUAGGGAUAUUGCCAUGGGAACUGGUCCCAUUUGUUGGCGUUCUUGGUGCUUGGUUAGAACGGAGUGGCCACUCGCCAACAGCUUAGCCAGAAUAGUUUCAAACUCAAAUGAAGUAAGUCAUGUUUCCAAACGUAUCCGGUUUUUGUUUGUCUGUUUCUGAGAAGGGAAAAUUGGGGACUUAACUUGUUCUAGAAAGAAUCAUCUAGCAAUCCUUCUUUCUUCUCACUUAUCUUCAUCCAGAACAAAAUGGUUCUCAAUUAACAAAAUAAAACACAGGUGUUUCUUCUUGUUUAAACUCCAGAGGGGUUAUUUUCUGCCGUGGGUCCGUGUUAAGUGUAUGCAUAUGGCCACCUACUAAAAGAAUGUGCAAUGGCAAUAGGAAAAGUUAAUGACCAUUUUUUCAGAAAUGAAUUAAAUGCUAAAAGUGCCUGUCAAUGAAGAUGACCAAUGAGAUAAUCCUAUACUUUCACACAGCAAUAAUUCUUUAUCAUACUUGGUUUUUUUCCUACACAGUUUGAUACACACAGAGAGAGUAAAUACAUGCACAUAGCCAAUUAAAUCUGUUCACACAAACCCACAGAAAAGGGCUUUCAACACUUUGAAGUAUAACCAACAUUAUUUGCAAUUCCUUUUAAUUUUACUUGAAUAUAAGCAGACAAAUAUAGAGAAUAAUGUUAUCUGCAGUGUACACGACAAUUAUAAUGUUCAGAUAAAAUUUUGACUGUGAUGUACCUCAGACUUAUGAGAGAGCGUGCAUAGCUCAGAUAGGCUUGCUCAGUGGAAAACACUGAUUCAGUGCUUAGAGCAAAACUGGGAUUUCUGUCUGCCUUAUCUCACCCACUUAGAUCCAUGCACAGGUCCUUCUUCAUGUGCCUCAUUUUCUUUUCGCCUAACAUAUCCUCAUAUCAUCAAGGACCAUUUAGAGGUGAGCAUUGACAAAUUACUCUUCCCUCCCCACAAAAGAUCUUCUGAUACUUGUGAAGGCCUUCAGGCAGUUAUUUAGUUAACCCUGACAGUUACCUCAUGAUGGACAUUCAGGACAUUCAGAAGUUCGAAAGUUUUUCUCUAUAAUUAUUUUAUGGCUACAAGUAGAGUCAUGGGUUGAAACGAGUGGUAAGACUGUUAAUAGACAUGAACCUGGCGUAUUUCCUAGCCUGGCUAUUUCAGAGCAUGCAUUCACCUAGACCAGGUAUUGGGGCUUCCAGCAAAGCUAUACUCUCUCAGACCCAAGCACUCGACAGUUCUUAAGGUGUGGCUGUGAAUAGUCCAGCAGGUUUUAGACAGCAUAGUGACUGCAUUCUCCAGGCCCCGACCUCAGCUCUAGAAAGGCCUUCCACAAUGUGCUCUACUCUGUUUCAAAAGAGAGGGGUGAAAACAAAUGCAGCAGGAGGUAGAGCAGGAAAACCAAACAGGUGCCAUGUCAAAGCCCAGCUUGUGUUCCCUGGGCCCACUAAAAUCAAACCUUCUGACUUCCUUCUUUCUCCAUGUUGUCUGAAAGUGCUGAAGUAUCGCUCAAGGUUGAAAGCACAGUGAAAAUGGUAGCUGCUCCUUAUUGAUGCCACAAGCUGACUGCUUCACUGGGAAUUCUAGUGUUACCUCCUGGCUAUACAAUCACUCUCCCCUUCAUGGAAGGGAAACUGAGGCACAGCAGGAAUGGCUACAAUGUCCACAGGCACAGAACAAGUCAAAUAGGCAGAGUGGGAAUACACGGCCUCCUGGUUGGGCAGCCCAUGUUUUAUCUACUCUAGUGCACACCCCUGUUACCUGUUUCCUGGCAGCCAGAGUCCUCGUCUCUAACUCAGUUUUGUUAUGCUAGCCCUGCAGUGGUAAAAUUACAGGACACAAUCUAGCACCUAAUGUGGCAAUAAUACAAAGGAUUUGAAACCAGAACCUUCCUGUAAAUUCACUGAUAGGUGGUCAUUCUAGACAAACAUCGAACAGAGAUCUCCCUAAACUUGUCACUUUGUUUCAGAUGUUUUCCCAGGGCCCCGAAGAUCUGCAAAACCCCUCAUAAUUACUACUACAAUUUAGUUCUGAUUAGUAAUCACCUUUUCCCUAAUAGACCUACCACAAUCUGUGAAAGUCCACACCUCCAUAGAAAUGCUUGUCAGCUCCAGAGCUCAUUCUUACAGGUGUUCAUGUGUAGUGAUGUCACCAUCCAGAAGACCAGUGGGCUUCCUUUCCAGGGCUACUUAACAGCACUGCCUUGGAAUGUUUUAAAUAGUCCCAUAAAUAAUUUGCUUAUGGUAUUGUUAGUUUGAGUUUUAUGUGAGGAGCUAUCUAACAUCAGAGAAAUGUCUAACGUCAGAGAAAUUAAAUCCCUCCUUGUCUGCAUAGAAGAAGGUCUCUGGCAGUAUUGAUUCAUGGAAGCGCUAAUGGACUUUGAAAACAUUAAGAAUACCAUUUCUCAGAGCGUUUCAGUUUCUGAAAAUGAAUCUCCUGAAUUAUGAGCUUUCUCCUUGUUAGUUGGCUGGGGGGAGAGAUAAAAGCUGUAUAAACAACUUCUCUCCAAGCUGAAAGCAAGUGUCUACGUCCACACCCUCCUGUAGACUUGAGACUCCUGUCACUUAAUUGAGUUUCAACAACUAUUUCUCAAAUGACAAUGCCACCACUCUGAGUGGGUUGACAAGAGAUGAACAGUGGCAAUAGUCACAUCAAUAACGUUUUUUCUUUCUGCAUUUCAUCUCUAGAAAUUUGAAGUGUUUCAGUGACUCCUGUUGUGAAUCAUUCUUUUUCAAAGGCAGGUUAGCCAAGUCUUUGACAGAGAUUAAUUUUUGUUGAGAAAUGAGGUUUAUAGGAGAAAAUUCAGCUCCAAUUCUACUAGUAAAAGUGUCCAGGCAAUCAAAAACAAAAGAUAUUUUAGGAGUAUUUUGACAUCUUUCUUUUAUGUUCAUUUUGUUCUCCAAAAAUACAACAUUAAACAUUACAGAUAAUUUAUUUUCCUCCUACUCAUAUUUCUAGCUUUCCUGUGGCAGAAUUUUGUGAUUGUAUCAAGACCAUAGAAUAUAUUUUGUCCCUGAAAUUGCUACAUUCAGUGGGUAUCAUUGAACUGGGCACUGGUGCCUACAUGCAAGGCUCUUUCCUAUCAACUUGUCUGUGUACAAUUUGUUGUGUCCAAAGGCUCAUCUUUGAAAACCACUGUCUCCCCCCUGUGAGAUGGCAGUUGUAUUGUUUUGUUCAUGUCUGUGUGGGACACAUUGCGUCACGUGGCAAACCAACUAUGGAUGGAUGUGAGCUAACCACUUAACAAAACCAGCUUGAAAACAUUGUCUUAUGUAUUAUGUCAUCCUGCCUCAUAAUGCAAUUGCGUGUAUCAUGACCACCUUUUCCAAAGAGAAACCAGCAAAUUCAUGUUUGUCCAUAGGAGGAUAUACUAGGAAUUGUCUGUGCUGUGAACGGAUGAGAACAGACCACCUUUAAUAUACCCACCUGCCACUUAAAAUGACUUAGUUAUAAUUAGUAGCAGUCUAGACAUUGCUCUUGGUGUGUGGGGCUCAGUGCAGAUGUCAUAAUCCCUUGAAUAAAUCCCCCAGUCGUAUCAGAAAAAAAAAAACACACGAGAAUAAAGAAAAAACAUCAUCUUUGGCCAAAUCAAGCAGGCAUCUCUUUGCUUCUCCUCAACAUGUAGCUCAUUACACACGGUGAUUGGACCAUAAGAUAUUUCUGUGUAAAAAUAUGAAGAUGUCAUUUAGUUAUUCUAGGCUGGAGGCCUCUGCACAGCAAAGCAAAUGGAUGGGCUGCUUCUGAUUCAUUUGUGUGGAUGGAAUCUUACAAAGACUCUUGGGCGCAUGACCCAGAGUUAGAGUGCCCAGAGGAGAGCCUACACAUUAAAAGAUAAAGUCCCCAAGGAUGCUGGCAAGCAAAUGUGUUGAGUUCUUACAUCUUUGUUUGGUUUUUCUGUUCGGAGUUUUAAUUGCAAAUGAAUUUAUUUCUUCAGCUUAAAGAUCUAAUUUCCUAAUAGUUUCCUCUGCAUUUAUAUCUUCUGUAGUGUUUAGGCAGCUCCUGUUAUAAGUUUAUUAAUAUUAUGUAAGUGUUGUUCUUGUAUUUAUGUAUAGUGUAUGUAUUGUAAAUAUACUCAGAGCUUUUUCUUUGUACUGUAAAAUGGUGAUUUUUUUUUGCCCUAUGAUAAUGAAAAGGGAGACUCUCCUAAUGAGGUUCUCUCAGAAGAUUAUUCCAGUCUAUUCUCAGAGAUUUAAAUGAACAAGUGUUAUUGUUUUUAAUGGUGUCUCAGACAUAUUCUGUUGGUGCAUUGCUUUUCUGUAUUCAACUUUCCUAUGAAUUGAGCUGUGAACUGAAAUAGAGUUUAAACCUUUAUCUGUAUGCAUUUGUAUAAUUAUCUGAAUGAAGGCAUGAAGGUUAAAUAAAGCAUUUUGUAUGGAACAA